AUGAAUAAUUUGAAGAGUCAUGGAAAUCUUUCGAAAGUGGACUCAGUUCAGAUCAACUGUAUGGAUAUAGAUCCAAAUAUUUUUCUGAAUAUGAAUUCUUAUCCAACAAAGGAAAUAUAUAAUGAUGAGAAUAAUAAGAAUAAUGGAAAUAAUAACAUAAAGAAUUUUCAAGUAUAUAAAGAAAUGUAUGAAGAAAGUAUAAAUAAUCCAGAAACUUUUUGGGGUAAUUUAGCAAAAAAUAAUUUAAUAUGGAAUAAAUUAUUUACUAAAGUAUUUUUAGGUAAUUUUAAAAAAGGAAAUAUAAAUUGGUUUGUUAAUGGGAAAAUUAAUGCUUGUGAAAAUUGUGUUGAUAGAUGGGUUGAAAAAGAUCCUAAUAAAAUUGCACUUAUAUGGGAACAAGAUUGUCCAGAUCAAUAUAAAAAGAUUACAUAUCAAAAAUUAUUAGAAAAAACUUGUAAAAUAGCUAAUUUAUUGAAACUUUUUGGUGUUAAAAAACAAGACACUGUUACUAUUUAUUUACCUAUGAUACCUGAACUAGUUUAUUCUAUGCUAGCUUGUGUUCGUAUUGGAGCUAUUCAUAAUGUAGUCUUUGCUGGAUAUUCUGCAACUAGCUUAAGUGAUAGAAUUAUCGAUUCUAGAUCUACUGUUUUAAUUACUUCUGAUUUUGGUUUAAGAGGUGGAAAAUUAACCAAAUUAAAACAAAUUGCUGAUGUAGCUAUGGAUAUCUGUGGUAUCAUACAAACUUGCAUAGUAUUCAAGAAUAAAUCAAAAAUGAAAGAUAAAAAUAUACUAAUUAAAACACCUAUGGAAAAUCCAAUUUAUAAUUUUACAAGUUUUGAUUCUAAUAGUCCACAAAAUUUUACACUUAAUAAUUCUAACGAUUUUAAUCAAAGAAAUUCAACUCUUUCUCAACACAAUCAUGAUCAAAAUGAUAUCACUCUUCAAAAUGAACACAAUAAUUAUACAAACAAUUGUAAUAUCAGUUAUACUAAUAAUAUGUAUUAUAAUGAUAAUAAUGUAAAUCAUAUAAACACUAAUAAAAAUAACGAUUAUUAUAAUAAUAAUUUAAAUUUUAAAAAUCAUCUAAAUGAUAAUAUUAAUGAUCAAAGCCCCACAUAUCUUGAUACCAUGAACCAUAAUGACAACAAUGAUAAUAAUAAUAUUAAUAAUAAUAAUAAUAAUAAUAAUAAUAAUAAUAAUGAACAGUGUUAUUUUAACCAACAAUAUAAUACAUAUAACAAAAAUGAUAAUUCGGAUGACAAUAAUAAAUAUAAAGCCAAAACAACAUUACAUAAAAAAAUUACAAAAAGCAAUCCUGUAAAUCAUAAAAUUUCCUACUCAGAAAUAAAUUAUUCAAAAGAUUUAUUGAACACUGAAUUGAUAAAUAAUGAUAAUGAGUUUUGUGAUUUAAAAACAAAAAAAAAAUCUAUAAAUAUUAAUAAUAUUAUAACUUGUAAUCAGAAUGAAUAUUAUUCAAAUAAACUACAUUUUCCUGAACCUGAUAAAAAUACAUCAAGUAACUUUGAUGAAACAAUAUGUGUUUUAAAAAAAGGAAGAGAUGUAGAUGGUAGUGCAUUAAUGAAAAAUAUGAGAUCUUAUUGUCCUAUUGAAUAUGUAGAUAGUGAAGAUUUUAUAUUUUUAUUAUAUACAUCUGGAUCAACUGGUAAACCUAAAGGUGUUGCACAUACAACAGCUGGAUAUUUAUUAUAUGCAUAUACAACAUGUAAAUAUAUUUUUGAUGUAACAGAAAAUGAUAUAUUUGGAUGUGUAGCUGAUAUUGGCUGGGUUACUGGACAUACAUAUGUAUUGUAUGGACCAUUAUUAAAUGGUAUAACUACAGUUAUUUUUUCUUCUAUACCAACUUAUCCAGAUUGUGGUAGAUACUGGAAUUUAAUAGAAACACAUAAAAUUACACAAUUUUAUACAGCUCCGACUGCCUUAAGAGCAUUAAUGAAACAUGGAGAUCAAUGGAUAGAAAAAUAUGAUCUAUCUUCAUGUCGUAUUUUGGGUAGUGUGGGUGAACCAAUUAAUCCAGAAACAUGGAGAUGGUAUUAUAAUGUAGUAGGGAAAAAAAAAUGUUCAAUAGUAGAUACAUAUUGGCAAACUGAAACAGGUGGUAUUGUUAUAGCACCUAUACCAAAUUUAUUUAGUAUGAAACCAGGAAGUGCUAGUUUACCAUUCUUAGGUGUUCAAUUAGAAAUAUUAGAUUCAAAAACAUUACAACCAUUAAGUGGUAAUAAUGUAUGUGGAUUAUUAUGUAUAAAAAGUCCUUGGCCUGGAAUAUUACGUACAGUAUAUGGAAAUCAUCAAAGAUUAAUAAAAACAUAUUUUACAAUGUGUCCUAAUUAUUAUUUUACUGGAGAUGGAGCAUAUAGAGAUGAAGAUGGAUACUAUUGGAUAUCUGGACGAAUUGAUGAUACUUUAAAUGUAGCAGGCCACAGAUUAGGAGCAGCAGAAAUCGAACAUGCCUUAGUUCAACAUUUUUAUAUUGCAGAAGCUGCUGUAGUUUCAUUUCAUCAUAAUGUUAAGGGAGAGGGAAUUUUAUGUUUUGUUGUUAAGAAAAAAGGAGACUUAAAAAAUUAUGGUAAAUCUAAUACAGAUAUUCCUAAUAAUGAUAAUAUUAAUAGAAAUGAAUUACAUAAUAAUGGUUCAUUUUUGAUAUGCCCUAAUAAUAUAAAUGAUAUUGAAGAAUUUAAAAAAAAUUUUACCGAUGAACAAUUAAUAGAACAAUUAAAAUUAUAUGUAAGACAAGUUAUUGGACCUAUUGCAACACCUGAUUUAAUUUGUGUUGUUCCAGAUUUGCCAAAAACUAGAAGUGGAAAAAUUAUUAGAAGAAUAUUAAGAUGUAUAGCAAAUGGUAUAACUGAUUUUGGAGAUAUUUCCACAGUCUCAAAUUAUGAAGUUAUUGAAACUAUUAAUAAUACUUUUCUUGAAUGUAAAAAAAAAUUAAAGCACAUUGAAAUUAAAAAAUAA